AUGUUGCUACCACCUGUUCCGGAUGAGUGGGCGGCUGAAGCAUUCACCAAAGGCCUGAAUUCGAGAAGUUCCAACGCUUCCCGGAAAUUGAAAGAAAGUUUGCUCGAGUUCCAGGCAACAACUUGGGAGGAUGUUCACAAUCGGUAUGAGUCAAAGAUAAGGAUUGAAGGUGAUCAACUCGGUUUCUCGGCGUCGGUUAAGGGUCGAGACCGGGAGAAGAAUAAAGAAAAAUCGAAAGACGAUUUUGAUACAAAUCGACGGUCUUUGAGGAGUUGGUUUUUGCCCUAUAAAUGGGCCGAAGGACGUGGCAAAGGUUUCCGGUCAGAAGAUAAAUUCGCUACCAAUAGAAGAACCGAUCGCGGCCGAAAUAACAGGUCAUUGCAGAACAAGGAAACGUUAGAUUCUUCCUACCCGAGACUUUCCGAAUACAACUUCAAUGUCAGCUUAGUGGAGAUGAUAUCGGCUAUGAGGAACAUUAAAGAUGCACGGUUCCCGAAGCCAAUAAGAUCUGAUCACGACCAGGGGAUCCUAAUUUAUGGUGCGACUACCACGAGAGAAACGGUCACCGGACUUGGGACUGCCGAGCCGUCAAAAGCAGGAGAAGAUCCCCCACGCCUGACGAUCAACAUUAUUUUCGAAGGGAACGAGAUUAACGGGGUUACAUUUUCAGCAGUGAAAAAGACGAAGGUAUUAGUGACCCAGAACAAAAGACUCUGGGAAGUUGCUGAAGAUGACAUUACUUUUACAAAGGAAGACGCGGAUGGACUGCUACUACCGCAUAACAGCACCCUGGUAAUCUCUCUAAAUGUCUUAGAUUUUAAAAUUAAACGUGUUUUGGUGGAUCCAGGAUGUUCGGCCAAUAUUAUCCAAUGGAGAGUGUUGGAGCAAGACAAGCUCACUGGAAGUGUCAUUCCGGCCACAAAACUCCUCGUCGGGCUCAAUCUGGCAAGCGUGGCAACUCGGGGAGAGAUCUUGCCGCCCAUGAAUGUUGAGCGGGUGAUGAACACAACCCUUUUCGAGGUAGUGGAUGGCGAUAUGGGUUAUAAUAUCAUCUUAGGGAGACCGUAG